ACGCGUUAAAAAAAAAAAAAAAAAAAAAAAAAAAAGGAAAAAAAAAAAAAAGCAGCCCUUAGCCCCCUCCUCCCCUUUCCUGCUUCUGCGAGAACAUCCCCCCUCCCUACAGCUCCGCCAGCCCAGGCGCCCCUUCCUUGGAAGCCGAGCGGCUUCGCUCGCUUUUCGCCGCCGCCGCCUCUCGCAGUAUUGCAAUAUAGGGGAAAAGCAGACCAUGGUGAAUCCGGGCAGCAGCUCACAGCCGCCCCCGGUGACGGCCGGCUCCCUCUCCUGGAAGCGGUGCGCAGGCUGCGGGGGCAAGAUUGCGGACCGCUUUCUGCUCUAUGCCAUGGACAGCUACUGGCACAGCCGGUGCCUCAAGUGCUCCUGCUGCCAGGCGCAGCUGGGCGACAUCGGCACGUCCUGUUAUACCAAGAGCGGCAUGAUCCUUUGCAGAAAUGACUACAUUAGGUUAUUUGGGAACAGUGGUGCCUGCAGCGCAUGCGGACAGUCGAUUCCUGCCAGCGAGCUCGUCAUGAGGGCCCAAGGCAAUGUGUAUCAUCUUAAGUGUUUUACAUGCUCUACCUGCCGGAAUCGCCUGGUCCCGGGAGAUCGGUUUCACUACAUCAAUGGCAGUUUAUUUUGUGAACAUGAUAGACCUACAGCUCUCAUCAAUGGCCAUUUGAAUUCACUUCAGAGCAAUCCACUACUGCCCGACCAGAAGGUCUGCUAAAAGGUCAGAGUAAUGCAGAAUGCGUGCCUUCAUCUCAGACUUUGUUCAUCACAGGUGGAUCCCAUGUGUCUUCAGUAGACAGGUCACCUUUGUAGCUAGCACCAGUGCCAGCUCCAUGCCAUUGCACCUUCUUUAGUCUUGACUGCCCUUCCCGCAUUUAUUGGUGUAUUAAAAUGACUGAAUAUGAACAUUAAGGACUCCAUGAACCUGGGCUAAUGGGGAGACUGUAGAGAAAAUGAAAAAAGAUCCACCGGAGGACAUCUUUGGGGGGGGAGGGAGCUUGGGAGGAGGGAAAUGACUAAUGAAGCUAAUUAAAAGAAGCAUUCAAAUCUGCUUUCUACCCUCAUUAACAAUUAGCAGGGCACUGGCCAGAGUUUGUACCCUGUGUUUUACCUUAACAACAUUCUAUUUGCUCUUUGUAUAUUUAAGUGUUGUAAGGAAAUGUGUUUCAAUCAAAACUGAACAUGAGAUAAAGGAAAGAGAUGUGGCUUUUGUGAUAUUCUAUCACAAACACUUUUAUUGUAUCUCUGUAAAAUACAAUGUAUGUAUGCAUGUAAGUGUUCUUGUCCUAAUGUUGCUACUUCCAUGGCAAAGAAAAGAAAAAAAGAAUGAAAAAAAAAAAAAAAGAAAAAAAUUGGAAAAAAAAUCAGGCUCAUAGCAGCUACUGUGUAGAAAUUUCCCCCUACUUCUAAUUUGCUGAAUGAAGAAAAAAAUCUUUUAUUUGUGAUAUUUUCAGAGACAUUUGCUCUAGUAUGGUGUAUUUAAAUAAUAAAAACUUAAAAGAAAAAAUAUUCGAUGGAGUUUGGAUUUAAACACUGCUCUUUCUCUUCGUUGUAUUUUGGAAAAAUUUAGUAGUUUUUGUUUGUUUGUUUGAUACCAACUUCACUCUAAAUCUUAAGGGUCAAGGGAGGUGUGGUGUGUGUGUUUAUUUAGCUCUGGGCCAAUAAGGUUUUUUUCAAAUUACUUAACCAUGCCAUUUUUGGCAGGGCUACAAAGCAAUGUUUCUAACGGAGUCCUUUUUAUAAGUUCAGAAUAUUCUGGUAACUUAAGCACUUCAUUACACUUCUCCUAUAUCACAGUGAAUCUUUUGUGUUUAUAUAUAAAUAUUUGUUUGAUUCUUCAGCUAUUCCGUUGAUUCAUUUUUCUCAAUAGGAAAGCCUUGGGUAUUGGCGAAAAGCAUGCUAAAGAAUGUGGCCUAACCGUCUUGUUCUCUUAACCAAGUUUAUAGCUUUUGAAGGAAAUAGCAUUUCUAAGCCAUACCUGUAUGCAUUUUGAAGUUUCCUUAGUCGUUAGGGACCCAGAGCUCUCUGACAGCCGACUUCAGUGGGUGGAGCCACCGUUUCCUGGUGAGCUUUUAGACUCCUGUGGUCUGCUGUAUGAUUUGUUUAUUUUGUUUUGCUCUUACGCUCCUCGCUCUGCCUUUCCAUAUGUUUGGGGUAGGAUUUCGAUUUCACUUAGUAGUAAUCUUGAGAUAUUUAGUUGCUAGUUCUGGGCAGCAGACCCAGCACCCCAGUGGCGCCCUGUGGAAAGCGUGCGUAGGCCAAGGACUUGGUGGCCCAUCGUCAGUGUUAGGAAAGACCAAAGAGGCUGCUGUGCCAGGUUUGCGAGCAGAUCUGCAGUACAGUUUGUAUCACAGGUUCAUAAAAAAACCAGGUGUGUUUAUAAGGCUACUUGAAAUAUUCUUUCUAAAAAUGGCAUUUGUUUUAUUUUCUCUUGUUCCCAGAAAGCUCCCAACGUAGACCUCUCAGAACAGGUUACAUAGAGAGGUCCAGUUCAGUACAUUUCAACCAGCAGUCAGUUUCCCUUUGGGAUCUUCUGCUUUCAAAGACUGCAGGCCAGGAGGAAAAAUCAGUUGCUCCACCGGCAAAGCUCCUGUGAACCUCCUGUAGGAGAAUUUAAAGGUAGAGAGUUAAAGUGAAUAGUUCUAUUAGAGCUUUAUGAAAAGAAAAUGCAAGAAAAAAAAAUGAACAAAAUCACAGACGUAACAGUAUCUGUUUGAGUUAAAUCCUGGGGGAAUUUCUAGGGACUAGUUCUGGUUCUUACAUUCCCCCCCCCCCCCCCUUUAAGCUGCUUUAAAGGAAUGUGGACUCUUCAGCAUAGAAAGGGGGAGUGUUAAUAAGAAUACCAGCAUCCCCUCUAUUCUUUUUGGCGUAAGCACUCAUGUCCCAUAUAGUGCAGAAAUUCAAAGGGGAUAGUUAAUAACUUUUAGUAAGUAAUACAGUGUGGCAUUUGGUGAUGUGGAGGGCUCAGGUCAUUAAAGACUUUAAAUGAACUAUUAUAUGGCUGAUUCCUCAAGCACUGCUGCAUAUUUAAUAACGAGCUUCUAAAAGCAUUUCUUAAGUUGCAGACCUAUAAGAUUACAAAUGUCACUCAUGUUAGUAUAAUCCACAUGCAAGUGAUGAAGCCUUCUCUUUGAUGUGCUAAAUUGGAGAAGGACUAAUGGAGCUAUGAAUAUACAAUAGAACAUAUUUAAGUAGUAGUCUUGCUUUAGGUAAAACACUUUCUUGAAACCAGAGGCAUUUCAAACAAUAAAACCCGGCUCUAAUGGGGAUGCUCUGUGUGGAUAGAAAGCUCCUAAAAACACUCAGGUUUAUUCUGAUGUGAAUGGUGAUUGUGUUCCUCCCCCAACCCCAACAUGGCUUAGAACAAAAAAAAAAAAAAAAAAAAAAAAUCCACGAGCUUGUUCACCUUUCAUCCAUUGCAUUUGCGAUGUUAGUGAGAUGUGCUCCAUUCUUUUGAAAGGACUUAUUUAAUAUUAACCACAUCAUAGAGCAAGAUGGCCCCCAAUCCCUACAAGCAAGUGCAAUUAAAUAAAAGCAAAUGUUACUGAGCCCUGCUGAACUCCUGAUUAAAAAAAAAUGUUUAUGAUACAUAUAAAUGUCUCAAUCAUGCAAAUUGUCACUCUUGCUAAUGAAACAAUUUUGUAAAAAGAUUGUCCUCUGAAAGGGUUUAAUUUUUUUUUUAUUUUUUUUAUUAUUGUUUUUUUUUUAUAUAUAUUUUUAACCUAUCUGUCUAGUUAGAUUUACACACCCCGAAAGGCAGGAAAGCCCGGAUGAAGCUUUUCUAAACCAAAUCGUUUGCCACGAGGAACUAUUUCCAGCUCUUCAUGAUUUAUUAGGAAAUAGUUUAACAUGGACUGUAGUGUCUUAUAAAAUAUAAAAUGAGAAAACUGUCACACCAAAAUGAAGCCUGUGAAAUUGUCAUCCUCUUACUAUUAACUGUAUUUAAGUUCUUUCUUUUGCUCUUAUUAACAGAUAUUUGAAACAACUAAUCAUCUAGAAUGAAGCUCUUAAAUUAAAUGGCUUUAAAUGUCAAUAGAGUAAGAUUCUAAUGUGUACUACUAUUUAUAUAAAAUAUUUUCUUAGGGCCAAUAAAUUCUACAACAGUGAGUCCAAGAGCUAUAUAUCAAGGCACUAAUAAAGAGUUUCCCUGAAACCUAAAUAGUUGUAAUUAAAGAGAGAAGAGGUUGUCCAAAGACUCCUUCACCUGUGAAUUACCUCCUGGGUGCUAGUGCACCUAUGACUCCCUUUGAGAGACUGUUGGAAACACAGAGCCUUUGCAAGUUGAUGUUAGUUGUCACUUUGUUACUAAGGCUCACCUAUUGUCAGUCCAGCCAAGUCACAGAAAUGCUUAUUGCAGUUAAAUAGCAAUUUGUUUCCAUGAAACUGCAAUUAAAGUAUUACUGAGCAGCUAUUUUAGAUUGGCAACGCUCUGAACGCAUGUUAAACAGCCAGCAACUCCCACUUGGAGAGUCUGAGCCCCGACUAGCAGCAAAGUGUAACACAUUCACCCAUGUUGGGUAUCUAGUUAAGAGGCAUUUGUAGCCCUCUGCUCCCAUCGUGAACAUGCUGAGAGCAAUGACAAGUCAGGGCUGAUUUUUGGAAGGUGAACUUGCAACUUACCUCAAGUGAAUACUAUUUCCAGUUGUACAAGAAGUGCUUUAUGCUAGUAGAUAUGUGCAUGUUUCCUAGAGGGAAUGUUUUGCGAGUUCAGAUUGAUUCUGCUGAGAAUGGACUGUAACUCGGAGGCCUCGAGCCAAUAAUGUACUACAGGUCCUGACAUGUUACAGCUGUGUAAACAGGGCCAUUCUAUCUCCUAAAUCACAACUAAUAAAGCAGAGGAUGAAAAUCAA